AUGGCAGCAGCUGGUGGAAGGGCAAGUAGAAGCUUGAAGAAAGCAGUGGUGAAGCGCCCAGCUUAUGCAUCACUGGGGAGUGUUGUUAAUGCCCAAAUCAAAGCCAAGCUGACACCUUCCUCUAAGUGUAACUUGGGUAAAUUUCUCGGGAUUCCUGAACCUCCUACCUCUGAUACCUCCAAACUGAUCUCCAUGUUCAUCAAGCUCAACAAUCUUAAGAACCCUGGCAGCAUGAAGAAGGAUUCUCUUUCGGAGGAGAAGUUAAGGUCCAUGUUGGAAGGCAAAGAGAGAGUUGGAAUGGCAGAAAUUGCCAAAUUGCUUGCCCAGCAAUAUCCUAAACCUGUUUAUGUUGACAUUCUUGGCCCUGGCAUGUUUAUUGCAUAUAUGCUUUGUGCUGUUACCAGAUAUGGGGUACAUUUUUCCUAUCUGGCUCUUGAGGAGCCUAGUCUUAUCCAUUUCUUCCUUAUCACGGCAUUUGGGAUUGAGGCUUGCUUGUUGUCGUCCCUUAUCAUGGUGAGGCCUCUGGAGCAGUGGCUAGCUGCAAAUGCUAACUCAUGA